CGUCUGCACGAAUGAUGCAACACGUGUAUACGAUAUGUCAGUACCGGUUCGCUAAGUAUACUUCCUACAUUAUUUCAACAUCGGAAAUGAUAUAAAUGAAUCAGACAGGUGUUCAAUAUAUGAUCGGAACAGUUGUGAAAAGAAAGUGAGCUACGCUUUUAUAUCUCAUACCGAAAAGACUGUUUAGUUUGUUUGCGUGAGCAAAAAGCCAAUAUGGCUGAUGAACAAUCCGCAGCUGUUCAGAACAUGAGUAUUGGUGAUGGCCAGACCCAAGAAGAGGAUUUUGUUGAUCCGUGGAAUGUUGCAAGUUCAUCUGCGAAAGGCAUCGAUUAUGAUAAAUUGAUAGUAAGAUUUGGAAGCUCCAAGAUUGACCAGGCACUCCUUGACAAAAUGGAGAGAGUAACUGGGAAGCCAGUCCAUCAUUUUAUACGAAGGGGAAUUUUUUUCUCGCACAGGGAUUUGCACCAAAUACUGGACAUGUAUGAGAAGAAGCAGCCGUUCUACCUGUACACCGGUCGUGGACCUUCCUCAGAGGCCAUGCACCUGGGACAUCUUAUUCCAUUUGUCAUUACAAAGUGGCUACAGGAGACUUUCGAUGUCCCGUUAGUCAUACAGAUGACGGAUGAUGAGAAGUUCCUGUGGAAGGACUUCUCAAUUGAAGAGGCGAUCAGGCUAUCAUAUGAAAACACAAAGGACAUUAUAGCUUGUGGAUUUGACCCAGAGAAGACUUUUGUCUUCAGUGAUUUUGAGUACAUUGGAAACAGCAGAGGGUUUUACAAGAACAUGUGUCAGUUUCAAAAGUUGGUGACAUUCAACCAGGUGAAGGGCUGUUUUGGUUUUGGUGACAGCGACUGCAUUGGGAAGAUCUGCUUCCCUUCCAUCCAGGCUGCACCCAGCUUCAGUUCCUCCUUCCCAGACAUCUUCAAUGGGAGGAACAACAUCCCCUGUCUGAUCCCCUGUGCUAUUGACCAGGAUCCGUAUUUCCGAAUGACAAGAGAUGUAGCACCAAGGAUGGGAUGCAUGAAGCCAGCUCUGAUGCACUCCACUUUCUUCCCUGCACUGCAAGGAGCUCAAAGCAAGAUGAGUGCCAGUGACACCAACUCAUCGAUAUUCCUGACUGACACAGAUAAACAGAUCAAGACAAAGAUCAACAAGUAUGCAUUCUCUGGAGGUCAGACAACUGUUGAGGAGCAUCGAGAAAAGGGAGGCGACUGCAGUGUUGAUGUGUCCUACCAGUACCUCACAUUCUUCAUGGAAGAUGAUGCCAGGCUAGAAGAAAUAAAACAAGGUUAUACAAGUGGUCAGAUUUUGACAGGGGAACUGAAAAAAGAGCUGAUCACACUUUUACAGAAAAUUAUUGGAGAACAUCGAGAAAGGAGGGCCAAGAUCACAGAUGAUGAGAUUAAGCUCUUUAUGAAACCACGGAAGCUCAAAUAUGAUUAUUGACACUUUAGUUGCGCAAUGUACACAAUGCACAAACAUGAACUGAUUGAAAUUGUCAUUGUAUAUUGAUGACAAAAAUUAAAAUGUGAUUAUAUCGAUAAUAUUUAUUAGGGAUGGUAUCUUCCCAUAUUGUAGUCAUGCCAUUGUCAAUAAGCUAAAAUCAACCAAUCAUUGUAAUUGAUUACCUAUGUAGAAUACUGUCUCAGUCCAAUAUAUGUUAGUAUGGUAUGACCAAGGAAGACUUAGGCUAUGUCAGAUGCUAGAAAACAUUUGUCACCAUGCUAUAUUAUUGAGAUGAAUCAGUGAAAUGGGAAGGUUUUUGUUGUGUGUGGGAUAACAUUUUACUGUUUGUACAUGUUUGUACAUUCGAGGGGCAGUUUAUUGGGGAACAAUGACAUUGUCAAUCCAAACUUCAAUGAAAGUAAUCUAUGAAGGUUAUCAGUAUGGCAUAUGCAAAUCUUAUGUCCUGUUAUAUAUCUGUUACUACAAGUGUGUAGUGCUGUCACCCACCUCAGUCUGGCAACUAACAAAUGGGAGAUAACUCUUCUGAUAACUGGUGACAUUCCUUUCACUGCCUGGGCACAAUGGGGAAUGUGGUGUUUGCACUUAUUCCACAGUGCAAGUCUCUUCAGGAACUAUAGGCCCAACACUAAGCUCUUCUGGAACUGUAGUUCCAACACCAGCCUUUUCUGGGCAUAUAGGCCCAAUACCAGCCUCUUCUGGAACUAUAGUUCCAACACCAGCCUUUUUCGAUAAUAUAGACUCAACACUGAAACUCUGGGCCCAUUUCCAACCUCUUGAUGAACUAUGGGCCCAAAAGCAACCUUUUCAGGGACAAUAGGCCCAACACCAACCUCUUCUGGAACUAUAGGCCCAACACCCAGGUUUUCUGUGACUAUAGCCUCAACACCAGCUUCUCCGGAGACAUUAGGCCAAACACAAGCCUAUACUGAAACUCUGGGUCCAAUUCCAGCCUCUUGAACAAUAGACCCAAAAGCAGCGUCUUCAGGGACAAUUGGCCCAACACCAGCCUUUCCAGGGACUACAGACUCAACACCAGCUCCUCCAAGACACGUGGCCAAACACCUGCCUCUUUUGGGAACUGUACACCUAACAGCUGUAGGCAACAUGGAGGGUACACCAAAAUGAUGAUUCUCCACAUUAUUUAUCACUCCAAAUUUAAACAAAAUAAAUAACAUCCUUUUCUCUGUCA